GCUAUUGUUCGAGGAAAUACGGUAAUUUAUGCCGGACCAUUGAUCAUGUCAUCACUACAUGUAGUUAUCUCUUUCGGUAUGGCAUGUAUGCCUUUUAUACUUGAAACUGUGUUCAUUGAAAAAUUUAAGCUGCAUUUAGCUAGCCAGUUUUUAAAAGCACAUUUUGAGGGGCCUUGCCGUUUUUAGCGGAGCUCCACGUGCAGCGCGAAGCGCCACGCGUGGACAGAGCCUCAUUCCAGAAUUAUUCCUGGUGUUCACCAUUUUGGGAGAAUUGUCCAUUUGACUGUAAAAAUUUAAAAUGCCAAAUCCUUUAUGGUAGAAUAACACACUAAUCUUAGAUAACGGAGGUCAAAUACAAUUUAAAUGUCACGUCCGUUGUAUAGCAAAUUUACUGAGCCAAACAAUGUUUCUUGCCCGCAAAAAAAGAAAAAUAUUUUGAUGACAGUUAAAUGUCUAAAUUCUUUAGCAAUACACUGGUGUAAAACGUUUUCAAAAGACCACUAGUGGUUAAGAUCACCCAGUCUGUAAAAUGGGGAAAAUCAGCCUUUAUCCAUCCUGCAACAGCAUUACUCAAAACUGUUUUUGAAAAUGAUUAUGGUAGGAGCUGUAAUCAUUUUCAAGGAGUGUUUUUGUACACAAGACACCAGCUAGAAACCUGUCCUGUGGCAUAGUCAUUUUCACUCCUUACAAAAAAGACAACUAAUUUUUAUGCGCAAAUUUUGUUGAUCAUUGUUUUUUUGCUUUUAACUUCAUGAGUGGUUGUCCUGUGCCUUUUCAUGAAAAUAAAGAAUACGCCACUUACACAUCUCCCAUAAUGCACCCUAUUUGUUUUUCUUUUCUCCUGCGUGGUAUUACAGCCGUCCCAAGAGAAAUUGAAAACAAUGCUUACGCAAAGUUUUGGGGGGCAAAUAAGGUGCAUUAUGGAAGAUGUGCAAGUGGCGUAUCAUCAUGGUACUGUUCAGCCACAACCACAAAUCAAUCAAGUGCAAACAUACAUUUAUGAAAUACCGUACGUUGGGGAAACAUUUGACACGAUACUAAGGGAGGAAGGUUUCACAUCUCACCCAUGGACAAUUUAUUACCCCUAGGGGAUGUUGACGAUCCGAUUCAGGUUUUUUGUUUUGUAGGUAAAAAUCCGUUGUUUUUGACGUUUCUUUUCAUACUGUACAUUGUCCUCAUUUUCUACAUAUAUCUUUCAAACAGGAACAAAAAGAUCGAGGGCCAAGUAUCAACUUUUGAACAUUUUAAAAGGACCAUUGCUAACUUUGCAAGACUCUGUUGAAGGAAUCAGGAAAGCUUUCCUUGCAGGUACGUUUUAUGGGCUCACUGACGUCAGAUACAGACUAUCCUGUAGGUUUGCUUUCUUUUCUAUCAUUACGUAGUUCCUGACCAGAAAGUAUCUAUACCCUCCCCGAUGGAGGACACUUUUGUUUUAGACCGCCAAUGGAACCCCUGCAUCCCAGGGGGUAUUGUUAUACCCCGCUAUUCCCUGACAUUUCCAUGAUUUUCCAUCUUGGUUGGGUACCCCCGGAAAAGAAGAAAUAAUAAACUUACAACGAAAACAAAAGUCGGCCAGCUUUUUCUUUCAGGCCUUUUUUUAGACAGUAUUAUAUUGACUCUAACAUUCGUAACCAGUAGAUUGGCUACCGAAGAGUGUCGUCAGUUUUUCCGUUAAGCUUGUGUAAUCAGUCAUUUUUACUCGGAAAAGAAGAAAUAAUAAACUUACAACGAAAACAAAAGUCGGCCAGCUUUUUCUUUCAGGCCUUUUUUUUAGACAGUAUUAUAUUGACUCUAACAUUCGUAACCAGUAGAUUGGCUACCGAAGAGUGUCGUCAGUUUUUCCGUUAAGCUUGUGUAAUCAGUCAUUUUUACUCCGUUACCUCGAACACUAACUUAAAUUUGACGCGAAUCAUUUUCCCACCCUAGACCUUCCACCCUCACCCGCGACAUUCGACCUUCGACCCGCGACCAUUAGUCAAAGUCAUAAUUUGUAGCGGAGCUCCACGAAGCGCGCGCACGUGGGCGGAGCCCCAUAGCUAAGAAAAUCUAUACUCGGUAAUCACGUGACCGUACACCGAACGACCGACCGACCGUCCGUCCGCACCACAGGCAUACCAAAUGUAAAAUAACUCAUUCAAUAGGUAUGGCAACCCAAAUGCAACUCGAGGUUUUUUGGCGGGAAAUCGCAUAGCCACCUGCGUCUUGUAAAGCAGAGACAACUUAAGAGUCAAUAAAGGCGAAAACGGAAGGCGUAAAUUGUUUUUGUAUCCCUGUGGUCUAAAGUAUUAAGCUUAGAUUAAUUGUCAUGUCCACAAAUUUGGAAUAUAGAGAAAGAGAAAGAGAAAGACAGAGAAAAAGGGAAAAUAGGAGGCAGGCCAGCGAAGCUCAUCGAGAAAGAGGGCGACAGAGAUCUAGAGCGAGAGAUAAAAAAUAAGGGAGACAUUUUUUUGUUGGGAGAACAACAUGAAAAUUUUNUUGGAAUAUAGAGAAAGAGAAAGAGAAAGACAGAGAAAAAGGGAAAAUAGGAGGCAGGCCAGCGAAGCUCAUCGAGAAGAGGGCGACAGAGAUCUAGAGCGAGAGAUAAAAAAUAAGGGAGACAUUUUUUUGUUGGGAGAACAACAUGAAAAUUUUGUAGCGGUGGUGAGAAAAUGAGAAAUGCUAGCGGCCGCAAAUUCAAGGUGAAAAUGAGCGGCAUUGAAAAAAAAAGUGAACGAUGACACGUACGACAUUCCCUCCAUAAAACGUAUAACUAAGACGUUUCUGGAAGUUUCACGUUGUAGUCGUGUAAAACGUGGCAAAAAAAUGUGCGCUGCACGUGCAAAGUUGCUCUUUUGCUAAUUAGACCUAUUGUUGUUUUUCUCCGUUCUCCGGCGUUGCCUUCGCCGCUUAGCAUUACACAAUUUCAUAUUUUGUUUGAACAAACUAUAAAUAUUAUCGAGAGCUUCGCUUUUAGCCUUGGCUAAAUCUAUUUAGUAAAAUCCAGCUAGUGGUCUAUUAUCAAUGCUGCAUUCUGAUUGGUUGAGCUACUACUAGGCUAUAUGUUAUAGCCUACUAGUAGCGAAAAGCGCGGGCUUUUUGGCGGCAAAAAAGGAUUAACGCCUCGCUUUAACUAGCUAAAAGCUUGCUAUUUUUGAUAUUUUUGACCAACUAGUUGGAUUUUAUGAAAACAUUUAUUCCUCUCGCCCUCAUGGCCUCUGAGUCAGAGCCCAUUCGAGCUCGAGGAAUAAUUGUUAAAUAUUAGUCUAUCAAGUCUAACACACAUUUCUCAGUGAAAGCACUGAACAAGUCCUCGUGAGCACGAACCGCACAGUUUUAAGUGUAGAUUUAAGCAAUUUAUUGUUCAAGACUCAAAGAUUGCCCGAAUAGUUUAUAUGAGUUUUAUUCUGUCUUAAGGUGAUGUUGCACGUGACGAUUCGCAACGGCGGCUUAUAGCUCAACACAGCGUUGCAACAUUGUUGCGACAUUGUUUCGAAUGGUUACAACAUUGUUCCAACAUUGCAGCGCUAUGUUGUACUAAAAAUCGUCUUUGCGAUUCGUCUCGUGUAACAUCACCUUUAGGUCAAUCUACAAAGAAAACAAACGGUACAUUAUAGUUAAUAUUUUUUCAUCAGAUACAUGUUAUGCAUAUUUACACAUAACUGUUCGUCCGGGCCCGGUAAAAGGAAACAUCAUAAAUUUCGGCGAGCGCAAAAGUCGGCCCAAUUUUUCUUUUAAGUCUUUCCUUUAAAUAGUUAGAUUGACUGACACUCUAACAGUUCGUAACCUGUAAAUCGACCGUUAGCUGCUACCGAAGAUGUUAGCAGGUCAGAGAAAGUUCCCUGUGAACAAAACGGAAGCGAUAAUUAUUCUGCAUAACCAGUCUGCAUAAUUAGUCUGCAUAAAGUAAACUUUAAGAUUGGAAAGGUAAAAAAUAAAACGAACUGAAAGACACGGCGAAUGAAGGUGAAGGAGCUGUAAUUCUUACGACCUGUUCUCGAUCACAAAAUAAACUAGUUUACCGCGGUUACCAUUAACAACGUACAUAUUGCCGUUAUUGAUGCUUCCGCCAUAUGCCCAGUACUCGUAAUGACCAAACAGAGUCAAUGAUUCGUUCAGUUGUUUUUUAUUCAGAUUAUUGCGACCUUACAUGUAUCUUAAUUGUUUUCAACUUAUCCUUCGAACAGCAAUGUGUAGUUCCAAAAAAUAUCCAUCCCCCCCACCCCCACGGAGGGCAACGGAAAUUCCGAGGGGGAGGGGGGGGGUCCAAAAGGAGGGAAUUUCCGCGUGGGAGGGGGGUUGCUUACAGAGGUUUUUUUCCAGGGGGUCUGAGUAAGAUUGGUGAGUUACUGAUAAAUACCAGCUUCUCUGUUGAGUAAGCUUUCAGUUAUUUUACUGUUACCGGUCCUCCAAACAAGUAUUGCUGUUUGCAUUGAUCAUCUUUUACCUACGGUCGGCUAAAUGCUUUUUUUCACGGCCUAUGCGAUAGUUUUCCUUAAUACAAUUGUCAUCUGCUCAUGGAUAAACUUCCAGUUAUCUAGUUGUUGCUUUAUUACACAUUUGAUUCACCGUAAUUGGUAGUGUUCUAAGCCUUCUAGUAACUUGUUCUUACUAAUGGAGUAGUGAAAGUUCACGUGGUGUUUUGAAUGCAACUGGUUAUUCUGCAGAUGACAUUAUUCGUGUAGACAGUAGUGUAAGGUAUCGCCCUCUAUGGUUAAUUAUUAGCUAAGAACGUCUUUUAGUUUAUUAGACACCGUAUUAACAUCAAUGAAAAGAUUUUUUCUCAUUUUAUCCCAGAAAAAAAUUAUCUUUCGCGUAAAAAUAUAGUGCAACAACUUUGUUUUACACAAAUAUUCUUUCCAGAGGGUACCCAACCAAGUUGAAAAAUGUCGGAAAUUUUAGNGGGGGGGGGGGGCUAUGGAUAUUUUUUAGGACUACACAAUGUCGUCUUACCCCUGAAUUUGUCUUUCUAUUUGAAGCCAAACCUGGGUGUCCCGUGGUACCUAAGGGUUUCGAAGACAAUCAACCUGAGCCAGUAAAGCAGGUUAUACGAGAAAUCCAACAGAGAUGUUCAAGAGGCCGCAAUCGUUCGCUGCUGGUAGCCUCCCGCUCAUGGCUUUCCUGCAUUACGAAAGCUGAGAAUUACAGUGAAGAGGCUGAUGGCAUUAUCUGUGACCUGUUGCUGUUUGAUCAAGAGCUCGGGGGACUCCACCUCUUCACCCUUUGCACCAGUGGAACAGAAACACAGUCGCUAUCUUACGCCCACACUACAGCUAAAGUCAUAAAGAGAGCUCUUGUGGUUGAUGGCGGCUGCUACAAGAAGUUCUACAUCACCUACCACUUGGUAUCUUGCACUGCAACGUCGGCUCUGCCGCUUGAUGGAUUAUCUCUAGAUGAUCGAUACCCUGUUGAUUAUCAGCUGGAAUCUCCUCGAGGAAAAGUCAAGGAAAUUCUAAAAUCGCUUGUCAUCGUAUUGGCAAAGGUCCCCUCGGUCCUAUCCAAUAAACAGGGUAUCAGCUUCUUUAACCUUUUGACCGUGGAACAAUUCCAGCUCCUCCACCAUGAGAUUGAAAGGCACAAGAAACUUUGGAUAAAGGGUGCCGCCGGUACUGGCAAGACCCUUGUGGCAGUGGAGUUCGUUAAAGAGCUCAGACGUCGCGAUCCAACGCUCACAAAAUGGAAUAUAGUAUAUGUAUGUGAGAACCUGGGAUUGAGACGGAAAAUAAGGUAAUUUCACUAACCUUAUGUGUAAAAAGUAUAUUUCACUUUUUAGUAUUUGCUGUUCCAGUGUUACCAACUAGAGAGUCAGGCCGCUUUGUGUGAUUAAGGACCUUACGAAACUACUGCGGCGGCGGCAAAGGGAACGUUUAAUGUGCUUUUUGUAAAUCUCUUUGUCAUGAUUCCUGUACAACUACGAUGUGAAAAGGACAUAUUUUAUGUUUAGUUAGAAUGGAAAAGCUAAAUUUCCCUUCUUUGAGUUGCUGGGCGACAUGAAAUAAACGCGAAAAUUUCGAAAGGAUUCAAAGGCUAUUAUUCAACGACCGGGUCGCAAAUUGUCGGAUCGUAAGGUCCCUAUAGCUAGUAUCAUCCAUCAAACGGCUCAAUGUACAGUCCGUUGAAAGAGUUUUUCAUAUCUGAUAGAUCAGGGGAAUUGCACGUGUAUCUUAAAAUGAAUUGACCCACCCGUAAUCAAGAGGGGUUUGUAUUAGGCCCUGUCCACACGUAUCUGUUUUUGUUUCACUAAAAACAGAUAUUUCUUCUCCAGUUUGACCUUCCGUCAACACGUACCCGGUGAAAACUGUGGACGGGCGUAAACGAAAGUUUUCCAAUACGAUGAUAAUGUCAUACAUUAUACGGCGCAUGCCCUGUAAGGAAUACUAUCCUAUUUCCAUCUUUUUAGCGUUUUCGUAUGGACAGGCAAAUUUUAUUCGAAUACGCGACGUGCCACGCGUAUUUUUAGAAAACGAAAAAAAAAAAUCCCCGUGUUCAAUAAUAUCCGGUUACAUGCGGACCAGGACAUGUGUACUCAUAUGUCAAAUUCCUGACCCGUAACUGGCCAAAUUUAAAUCUCUCUCUUUUUCUUGUUGUUUUUUCAGUAAACUCGGCAUUUGUCAAUGCGUAUGCCGUCGAUCCUUCAUGAUGAUGUCGUUUCCUAACGUGUAUCAUGUCGUGCUGGAUGAAGUCCAGAAUUAUCGAAGCGAAAAUGGGGAUUGGUUAGAGAUGGCCAGAUCACUUGUUCUUCAGCACUGUCCAAAUUCUAAACACGACUCCGGCGUCGUCUCAGAUUACGAUUCUAAACUGGACUACAGUUCAUCUGAUUCGGACUCUGAAAUGGAUUUCGAUCCCACUUCUUGCAAUCCUCCGACUGCAGAAUCUUCUAUCCAGUUGAAGAAUGACGAAGACGAGAGUUGCACACGUGAUACCACCUCUGAGAGCGACUCUGGCUCCGAAAUAGACCCCUUUGAAUGCCGAGUCUCAAAGCCUAGUGACACCGACCGUGUCAAUUCAGGUCCAGGCUAUUUGUGGAUUUUCAUCGAUAAGAAUCAAGUAAAUCACGGCUACCCCACUGGCAUCCCAGAUGAGAUUCACCAGCAUCCUUCUUCCUAUUUGACCAAAGUGAUUAGAAAUUCGAAACAAAUUUCCAACUGGGCCAAAAGCUAUUUAAGUGACCAUUCUGCCCGCCAAAUUGAAAUGGGACACGAUUUUGAUGGAGAAAAACCCAUUUUCAAGAGGUACUCAAGAGGUGAGGAAAUGGCCGCCUUGAAAGAAGCGCUUCUAUCGCUGUUUAAAGAAGGCUAUAGUGAAAGGGACAUAGCCAUUUUAUAUAGCAAGGAAGACUUCAUUCCCAAGAGACAAGAUCUCUGCAGCCAGAUUCGUCUUCCUGAAGUUGUGGAUGCUGAAGGGAAUGAUUCUGAAUGCGUCGUUUUUAGUACUUUCCGCAAGUACAGUGGCUUGGAACGACCAGUUGUUAUUCUGGUGAACAUCACCGCAUCGCUGCCUUAUCGAAGCUCACCUGCAGCUUCGAUCUACUGUGCGUUAACUCGCGCGAUGGUGAAAGUAGUUUCCCUGGAAGAAAGAAAGGAAAGGAAAAGGAAACACCAGCGUAAUUAGUGCCAUGAAUGUCCCUUUCAUGUUUUACUGAGGACUUAGAUUUAAACUUAGGAACCUCAGUUUUAUGCUGCUAAAACAGCCGUUUUCACGAUUAUUGACUGCUUUGUCAUAGAUUCAUGGCGUUUACAUUUGACCUUUGUGGUCUUUUCUGUCAUUCGCCAACAUAUUGCUAAAACUAUACAACCACUACGUCGACCAAUCAGAGCUCCUGACCAGAUUCCGGACAGAUUCAACGUCAUCAGUAUGAAAUUUCUGUCGCUUAGGCGCAGACGCUUCUUUCGGCUAAACGUCCCAAGCAACGGGGAGCGAGAAGAAACGGCUGUUUUCGCAGGUUAUAACCUUUUUUGAAGCCAGGCGGUUAGCGCACUUGCACAAAUAAUAUGGAUUAGAUAGUCUUGGGUGGUUGAUAGAGCACCGAAUUUGUUAUUGGUAGAUAAAACAGUUUUGCAGCUUAUCCUGGGCCAGUUUAACAUCGUCAAACGUUACAUAUUUGAAACGGUUCAGGGAGCGUUAUUGUUUGCUAGUUUAUUAUUUUGUUUCUUCUUAAGGUUUUAGGUUUGUUUAAUUAUUCAUUCUGAUAUUACCGUACAUGUGUUUUUUUUCAACAGCUGUAGAUUUUACAAC